UCAUGGUACCAAAGUAUUGCUAACCCGCAUCUUCAAGACAUCGACUUCAACGAGUGCCAUUACAUUUGAAACCACUACAACUGUACUCAUUCCUCAGCCCCUGCCCGUUACUAGUAUCUUCAGUACAUCUACUGUAAAUUUACAGCUUCCCAUUCCAGAAACCACGUCGUCUCCGUUGAUCGUAUCAGAGCCUACAUUUGACCAAUUGACAAGUCAAUCGGUCAUCACUGCUACUUCGGUGAUGGAGAUACCCUUGCCACCCAUCGUCUCCUCUAUCUUCCUUCCUAGACCAUCUACAUCUGAUAUCAAUGUUUUUCCUCCGGUUUCUUCGUCUUUGAGAACAACAAGGACAUUUGGUAAUCCAGAGCCCACACCUGAGGUCCCCUUUGCAACAGACAUCAUACCAGAUUUAAGCAGUAUCUUAUCUUCGAUUCUAUCCCAAGUGCAAAGUCAGCUCCAGUCAAUACCAUUCCCUACCCAAGGGCCCUUCCAGCCCGGCAUCUCGUCAUCGGUGGAUGAAGUAUCAAGCACAGGCGCUCCGGUCCAAACACCAAUAUUCACCAGACCUUCAAGCUUGUUCAGUGGCAGUUUCAGCGAACCCUCAGCGACUACCAGAUCGGUACCGACAGGCGAACCCAGUCUCGGAACUUCAACCAAGUCAAGCAUUCCCGAUGUCUCUAGCGACUUUGACUUCUCUUUUCCUAGUGAGGUGAUAGAUCUAUCGUCUAGAAGCAGCCAAACAGAAGACCGUUCCGAGUUCACUAGCUCGACAAAAACAAGUCGCACUACAGCAAUUUCCGUCCCAACUCCUAGUGUCCCAUUUGAAUCCACGACCGGAUUCGCAAACACCUCUUCAACCAGAUCUGCGACAACAAGACCAGCACCUGGAUCUACAAGUAGCCUUUCGGGUUCGACGAAUGCGUCAACGAUCACGACUUCGAGGUUCUUUGUAUCUCCCACUAGCUCGUUCACCACCAGACCUACAUCAACCUCAUCGAGCUCCCUAGAAGUAGACUCGCUGGAAACCUCUUCCAGGGUGCCUGACUCGGCAUCCAGAAAUUCGACUAGCACGAUAAGCGAAACGACAGAGACCCAGUCAAGUUCAUCAAACUCCACUAGAACAUCUCGAACCCCAACCAGCACUACGGAUAUUUCGACUUCUAGCUCGGAAAACGGGAGCUUUAGCACCAUUGCCUCAACGACAACACCAACCCAGUUGAUUAAUAGCGAAGCUGCUCCGCCGCCUGCAAGUUCUUCAUCUGGCGUAGCAGCAGGAGCGAAUGAGCCCAGUGCCCCACCUCUGUCGAAGUCUCAGACUGCAGGUAUUGCUAUUGGGGGCACAACCUGCUUGAUCAUAGCAAUCAUUGCUGCUUUGUUUCUAGCCCGCCGUUACCAUAGAAAUGCAGCUGCGAACCGGAAGAGCGGGGGUAGCGUUUACCCAGAGGUUGCCUACAUUUACGAUCCCCCAGCCAGAGGUGAUGACCAAACUGGUGCCAACAGUGCACCGAUGAUGUCUGGAGGGGCGGCGGGUUAUGGAACGCUACCAACGCACUCUCCGCGCUACAGUACAGGCCGUUUACCUCAAAAUCCAUUCCGGGAGCCUAUCAUCCCUUCACCAGAGCCUAGUCCAGGUUUCAACGGGUCUGGGGGACCUGCUGGCAAUAUUCAAGGCCAAUACUCCGACCUCGCCGUAAAUCCAUUCAAUGCAGCUGCAGAUUAUCCACCGUUAUCACCGUAUGGGCCACCGGCUCAUAGAUUUCCUAGAGAGCCUGUACGCGCUUCCGAUCGCUACAGUGAUCCUUUCUCAGAUCCUUUCGAGCACGAUCUUCUCCUUAAUGUUCGCAGUGAAACACCCGACUCGAUAGUCAUGCUCGCCGCAGCCCCGACAUCAUCACCACGCUCACCUCGCUCACCACGUUAUUCGGAUCGUCAUCCGCCCGAGAAGAAUGUUUAUGGAAACUACCUUGCUGUUGCACCGCCGACUUCGCCUGCCGCACCUCACCAUCGGGGCGCUUCUAGCCUCUCCUAUUCUCGUUCCAACGCACAAUCGCCAGACAGUUUCUCCUACGCCUCCUACGCCGCGGGGCGUUACACCCCUGAACACUUGUCAUCCUCCCCUAACCAUUCCACGAACACGUCAUUCAACUCUAGCAUUCUCAGAACACCGCACGCCGCUGUAUCACCAUCGCCUACGCACAAAGGAUGGGAUGAUAUCAAGCUCGACCAGUCCCUAAUACCCAAACCUUUAAACCUUACAUCUGGCCAAAGGCCCCUCUCCCAAAGACGGCAACCUCCUCUUGCAGGCAACGGUCAGACUUUACUUUCAAAAUUUGGCCGAGCCAUGGGUAUCGAUGGGUCUUACUUCAGCAAGGCCCAAAACCCGCCUGCCCCUGCCGUCAACGGCCCUAACGCGAAUCCAACAUUGCACAAGCAACAAAGCGAAGAAUGGGCUGAUCCCUCGCUGAUCGGCCGACCAGCCUUCUAAUUUUUUUAGUCAACACUCGCAAACCAAGAUAGGUCGAGUGUGGCACAGAAUCUGUAUUAUACAUAUACACACCAGGUGUUUUUUCUUCCACGAACUGACACUGUACUUGAAUAUCCCGGAUCAUCACAUCCCUAUUUAUUCAAAAGCGAACUGAACACUAUCCUUUCCUAUCAUUUUCUUUUACGUCAAACUUUCCUUUU